UCGGAUACCGUCUGGUCUCAGUUUGUAUUUAGUUCCACCUUGAAUCGGUGCCUCGUCGUCGAUCUCGUGCUCCCGAUGCCCACGAGUGCCGAGCGCCGCUGACUUUUCAUCUUGUUUUAGGAUAGUGCGAUAGUGGAUACCAGAGUAUCAGUGCGUUAAGGGACCAGUUGAUUACGAGCAAGAUGCGCCGAAUACAGUUCGCUGCCGUUUUCGCGCUGCUCUUCGUAACUCGAGGAUGGGCCAGGCCGAACAAGGAAACCGAUGGAGAUUUGUACUCCGACGACGAUCCGGAAUACACGGAUUAUUCGCCGGCCAACGACGAGGUGGAGAAUACGCCUGCUACGGGGGAUCCUCCACAAAUCGCAUCGAAACCUGUAUCUCUUCGGGUUAGGGUUGGAGCCAACGUCACCCUACCCUGCGAAGUGAUAAACUUAACUGAGGACGCCGUGGUCACGUGGAAGAAGGACGACGAGUACCUGUACUACGACACGACCCCGACAACCAAUCGAACGCAAAGGAUCAUUAGGCAACCGGACCACAGUUUGCUGAUCAUCGAUGCCCAACUGAACGACACUUCCGACAAUUAUAUAUGCGAAGUCGUGACGGACCCUAUCGUGAGAGUCAUGCACAGGCUGCGUGUCGAGCCAGAUGAGGUCGAGCCUCUUAUUCAAGUUACACCGGGCAAACGUGUUGAAAUCAUGCAAGGAGAGAGCAUCAAGUUAGGCUGUAAAACGAGAUUGCAGCCGCCAUACGAGAUCCGGUGGUCUCGCAAGGGCAAGAGACUGCCUACGGGAGAAGAGUCGGUGCAGGGCGAUUCCAUCACGAUAUACAAAGCGACCAGACAUCAUUCCGGCUUCUAUCAAUGCCUCGCCGACAACGGCACUCCGAAUCCCCCACAUGCUGCCAUUGAAUUGAUCGUUAAUUAUGCUCCCGAGGUCGAGGUCGAGCGAGAAUCCGUCCACACCGGGACUGGAAUCCGCUCGGAUUUAACGUGCAUUGUGCAUGCCCACCCGGCUGCCAAAGUCAUGUGGCAGAAGAAUCGAAAUGACGUCUUGCCAAAGAAAGGAAAGAUUAUCAUGAAGGAUAGCAAGUCCAAACACACGCUCACCAUAAUGCACACCAGCACGCACGACCUUGGAGAAUACACGUGCUACGCGAAAAAUGGAUUGGGAGAAGCCCGCAAGAAUAUUUCUUUGACCGAUACGCAGGCUGCAGCAGACGCGACGGAUGACAACGAAUCUUUUUUUACAGGUGUACCUACACAAGCCAUGUUGCUCGGCGGUGAGAUGUCGAAGGAUGAUUCGGGAAUGAUACUUAAAUGGCGGCUUGAAAGUUAUUCACCGAUCACCGAAUACAGGUUGGAAUACCGUCGUAAAGGCGAAACGGAUUGGCUUGUUCUGACACCACCAGUCACGGAUGGAAAAGGCAGUGAAUUUACAGUGGAACAUCCCAUCGAAGGGCUUCGGCCUGGAUCCUACGAAGCGAUCUUAAUGGCACGAAACACCUUCGGAUGGUCACCGCGUCCCGUUCCUUACACCUUCACAGGAGAGUACAAGGCAGAGGAUGUAAGAAUUGCAGGGAACUCAAUAACAGGCUCAGCAACGACGACACGGCCUAUCAUGGAUUUUACAGCAUUACUUCUAGUCGCGUCGUUUUACGCCUACACACAUAUUUAAUUUACUCGAUACAUGAAGUUAAUAGGUAAAUUGCUGCAGCCAAAGCAAAUACACCAUUGGAUGUUGUGGUGGAUCUAAUUUGUACGAUGCCUAGGGGAGACGCUCUUAUUGUGGUCUCUCUUUGCUUAAAAGGAAGCCUUAUUGCCACAAAUUGGCAUUUAAACCGUAGUAGUAAAUGACGAAGUUGCGUGCAACAUGUUUCAGCGACAGCAUUGAUCUUCGUGAUUUCGUAACUACGGAACUCGAUUAGCACGGAAAAUUGGUAUUAUUGUUCACGUUGGUUCCGAUCGAGUGAUCAUAUUCUAGCCGAAAAAGAAUAUUGCACGAAAAAUUAGGAUAUGGAAUGUAGUUUAUCUUGCGGAAAUUUUAACGUUCGAAGUGCUAUACGGUGCGGUGACAUUUAUUUUAACGUAAGCUUAGUAUUCGUCGAUUUAUCUCUUUAGUGUCCUUACAGCAUCGGAUGUACAAAUGAAAAUAAACAAAGCACAUCAUUGAGGGGAAAUUACAUAUGCGUGUCCUACGUAAUUUCUCAUGUAGUUAUUACAAAUCAUAGAGAUUGUACGUUAUGUCAGUUCAUCUGGAUUAUGAUUCUGCGCGCUAAUCCUUAAUUUCAGACAUAAUUUUACAAGGUGCUGUAUAAUAAUUACAAUUAGUAACGCAAUCGGCAGUGCGGUACGCGAUUCGCGACUCUCCUAGGUGUGCCAUUAAUUUGCGAUACAGGACAGAGCAUUUUAAUUUGAAACGACGUAAGGAAACCUAUACGUUAAAAUAUAUUUAUACAAUACCUAUAUAACAUAGUAUUCACUGUACAUGUAUAAGUCGAGAGAUACACGAUCACUAUUAUAUUUAUUUUUGUAUGCUUAAGAGAAUCUAAUCGGUGUUCAGUGGCAUCGCUUGAUCGUGCCAUGUGUGCGGACGUAGAUAGAAAAUGAAGCCUAAUUUUAGAGGCACCCGAAAACAUACUUAACAUGCACUUUUAAGGACUCAUGUAAAAUCCCGUAUAGAGAAUACCUUUACAGAACUUUAAUGUUAAAUACUGGAUUGGUCGAGUUAAUCGUUGGAUGCAAACGUAUCAGGAUCAAACGUUCUUACGUGCAAUGAAAUAUACAGAAAUCGAUUCACUCAGCAGUAGAAAUUACAAAAAUAUCUAGGGUAACUUAGGUCGUUGCCACUGUGCAAAUUGCAUAAAAUGUAUCUAUCAAAUAACACCUCUUGACGUCAAAGACCAAUAAACGAUUGAGUAAAGUCCCGUUUGAUUUAUUAAAUACUGUAAAACGCAAAGUGACGUACUUAUACGUUUGCAUUCAAGUGUAUGGGUUUCGAACGGUUACCUAAAAUGUGUAAUACAAUGUGCAGAUACGAAUGGCUGUUAUUAUUAUGUGCGAAUGGAUGUAACACUUCUGCAAAUAGGUUACUAACUUCAACUUCGUUAUGUCGACGUAAGUUAAUGUAAAUCGGACAGGCAUUGUACACAACUGUCUAUGAUAUAUGAUUUCGACGAUUAAGUGCCUGAUUUGCUAUUUUGAUUGUAACACAAUGUACUUUAUUAUAUAUAGAGUUCCAUUUAUUUGUAAAUGGCACAUACAUACAUUGCAUUCGUCUCUUUAAGCGAAUACGUUUUGCGCGUAGUUCAGUAAAUGGAUAAGAUGUACGUUAAGCAAAAGUAUUGUAACGCGUCCUUUUGGAGCAAAAAACAGUGACAGAAAAUAGCCGAAUCUGAAGUAGUCUUUAAAGUGUAACAGAAGAAACAGAUACUGAAAUUAGGAAUUGACAAUCAAGAAAAGCUAGUGUUCUAAUCGUAAAUCAAAUGUCUUCUCUGUUAAGCGCAACGCACUUAUUAAGUAUAAAUGUCUACAAAACGGUUUCACGACCUGCUGAACUUAAUGUACAAAUGCCGUACAGAGAAAGGACCAAUUGGUCAUUAAAAAAUAAAUGCAGCUGUUACGUAAAAAA